AUGACUUCAUCAGCAGAAAUUAAUAAAACACGAUUACGUGAAUUAACUACAAAAAGAGUAUCCGCAAAAGGGCAAAUAACUAAAUUUAAAAAUUAUUUAAAUAGCGUUAGCAGUAAAACGGAUUUAUACAAUGUGCAAUUUACCGAGUUAAGUUUAAAACUCGCCAAAUUUGAAGCGUUAUUCGUUAAGAUUGAUGAUUUGCAGAGUGAAAUAGAGGUUUUAAAUUAUGAAAAUAUUUCGGCUGAAGUUGAAGAGCGCGACAAUAUUGAGCAAGAGAUAAUAAUAAACAUCGCCAAAGCCAAAACUUUAGUUGAAAGAUUUUCUAAACAAUUAGAAUGUGAAAAAAGGCGCAACUCCCUGCACAACGCCUCAUGUUGCGUGGAUCAUCCUGGUUGCCGUGAAGCAGGUUUGAAUUUACCUCAAAUUCAAAUUACCAAAUUUGAUGGUUCCUAUUUCCGGUGGCUGGAGUUUCGGGACACUUUUGAGAACUUCAUACAUAAAAAUGAUCGCAUUUCAGAUAUUCAUAAGUUUCAUUAUCUCGUGUCUUAUUUGCAAGGUGAAGCGGCCAGAAUAAUUUCUAACUUAGAAGUGUCAACGAAGAAUUAUUCUGAGGCAUGGAAUAUGAUUUGCUAUAGAUAUGAUAAUAAAAGAAUAUUAGUUAAUCAUCACCUAAACGCAUUGUUUAAUAUAAAACAAUUACCACGCGAAUCGGAACGGUCUUUGAGAUUUAUGGUCGAUCACAUAACUAAGAACUUACACGCCUUGUCUAGCCUAGGACAACCCACUGAUAAAUGGGACGUGCUUAUAAUAUUCAUGUCAGCAUCGAAGCUAGACAGUUCUACAUUAUUAAAAUGGCAGGAAUAUCGCAAUACAUUAACGAGUGAUGUACCGUCUUUGGAACAAUUUUAUAAAUUUCUGAUUGAUCGUGCCGAUGUACUAGAGUCAAUGAGUCGUAACAAUAGGACCGAUACAAAAAACAUUUCAAAAUCGCCUUCUGGCAAUAUUCGUCAUACAGCUAAUAACAAUUAUAAUUACGCUCAAAGGUUUCAUCAAAACAAUAAUACCAUAAAGACAUUUGCAAGCACAAGCAAUAAUUACAGUAAAAAGUCAAACAUAUUUACAUGCAUUAUUUGUAACGAGUGUCAUAGAAUCUACGAUUGGCCCACAUUUAGGGCUAAGGGGAUUGACGAGCGAAUGAUGGACGUAACGAAGUAUAAAUUGUGUGUCAAUUGCCUAAGGCAGGGUCACCCUGAAAGCGAGUGUCGCAUGGGGCCUUGUCGUGAGCGCGACUGCAAAGAGCGCCACAACAGUCUGCUCCACCGUCCGUCUUCCUCUUGUCAUAAGCAAAUCGAUUUCUUUUAUUUAUCUCAGACCUACUCAAAAAUUCCGAAACAAUUGCUACGAGACAAUGCCAAUUUUAUUAUAAUAUUUAAACAAGAUGAUGUGAACUUAAAACAUAUUUAUGAAGAACAAGUUAGUUCUAAUAUGUCAUGGAAUCAAUUUGAAAAUAUUUUUAAUAUAGUUUGGAGCGAUACUCUUAAUAAUGUUAUUUACGAAUACAAUCACACUUAUCAUCGAACUAUUAGUGAAAUUCCAGCCAAUGUUAAUAAUAAAAGUAAAAAACGAAUACUACAGAGAUACCUUAGUUUGGUGAAGAAUGAUAAUAUAAAACGUAAGUUGAAAGUAGGUGAUUAUGUGCGUAUAAGCAAAUACAAAGGUACAUUCGAAAAAAGAUAUACUCCAAAUUGGUCGACAGAAAUAUUUAAAAUUCGAAAAUUACAGAACACAAUUCCAACUACUUACUUAAUUGAAGAUACAAUUAGAGGUCAACCGAUUUUAGGAGGAUUUUAUGCGCAAGAGCUACAAAAGACCAAAAAUUCAAACAUCUAUUUAGUCGAAAAAGUUUUAAGAAGGAAAGGAAAUAAAGUUUUAGUAAAAUGGCUAGGUUUGUCUUCUACUGCAAACAGUUGGAUCGAUAAGUCUAAUAAACUUACUGACCACUGUGUUAACAUUAAGAACAAAUAA